GAAUUUUCGAUAGCAACAUUUCGAAAUAUUUUCAUCCAUAAGAAUCGUAUUCAUACGUGUAAAGAGAGAGAGAAAAAAAAUACAACUGUAACUCUACGACUUAAACCAAGUUAAUCGUUACGUGUGUCGAAGCUAUACAAUAAAUAUGGUACGUGAUUUUACAUAUCCAGUUGCCCGACGUGAUGAGAGCAUCGUCGACGAUUUUCAUGGAAAGAAAAUUGCCGAUCCAUAUCGAUGGCUGGAAGAUCCCGAUUCCGAAGAAACGCAGCAAUUUGUCGAAGCGGAAAAUAAAAUUGCACAACCAUUUUUGGAAAACUGCGAUAAAUGGCAAAAGAUCAACGAAAAAUUAACCGCGCUGUGGAAUUUUCCAAAAUAUACUGUACCUGAUCGCCACGGAAAAUACUAUUUUUCCUAUCAAAAUACGGGACUUCAAAACCAAAAUGUUUUGUACAAACAAGAUACGUUGAAGGACGAGCCAACCCUAUUUUUUGAUCCAAAUACAUUGUCAACCGAUGGUACCAUUGCAUUGUCGGGCAAAGCGUUCAGCGAAGAUGGAAAUCUACUUGCCUAUGGUCUUAGUGAGUCUGGUUCCGAUUGGAUAAAAAUAAAGAUUCGCAACGUAGAAACUGGCGAAGAUUUUCCCGAUUUAUUGGAACGAGUAAAGUUCUCAUCCAUGACAUGGACACAUGACAACAAAGGAUUAUUCUAUUGCCGUUAUCCCGAUCAAGAAGGAAAAACCGAUGGUUCAGAAACCGUUAUGAAUGAGAAUCAAAAAUUGUACUAUCAUCGUGUCGGAGAGUCACAAGAAAAGGAUGUACUUGUUGCUGAAUUCCCAGAAAAUCCAUCGUGGCGGAUGUCAACUCAAGUUAGUGAUUGUGGCAAAUAUUUGAUUGUGACUAUCGUCAAAGCAUGCCGUGAUAAUCUGUUGUACUUUGCCGACUUAGAGAAAAAUGGUCCAAUCAAUGGUAAAAUUCCAUUGACACCCAUUGUCACUGAAUUCGAGGCUGACUACGAUUAUAUCACCAAUACCGGUUCCAAGAUGGUGUUCCGUACAAAUAAAAAUGCACCAAACUACCGUCUCAUUGUGAUUGAUUUGAAUAAUUACACCGAGGAGAAUUGGGGAACUCUCAUUGAGGAAGAUCCAAAAGACGUUUUAGAUUGGGCACAUUGCGUUGACAAAGAUAAAGUUGUGCUUGGAUACCUUCAUGAUGUCAAGAGUGCUUUGCAAGUCAAUAGUCUUGAAACAGGAAAGCUAAUUCGCAAAUUUCCGCUUGAAAUUGGUCAAAUCGUUUCGUUCAGUGGGGACAAAAAGUAUUCAGAAAUCUUUUAUCAAUUGGUUUCAUUCUUAACCCCUGGCACAAUUUACCGAUAUGAUUUUUCAAAGCCCGAUGAGCAACCGACAGUUUUUCGAGAGGUCAAAUUGAAUUUGGAAGGAUUCGACAAGAAUAAUUUCAAAGUUGAUCAAGUAUUCUAUCCAAGCCGUGAUGGCACCAAAAUUCCAAUGUUCAUUGUGCAAAAGAACACUCAACCAAAGGGAUCAAAGCCCUGUUUGUUGUAUGGCUACGGUGGAUUUAACAUUUCGUUGCAACCAACGUUUAGUGUUUCUUUAUUGUUCCUAAUUGAUGCAUUUGACGGGAUUUUGGCAUUUGCUAAUAUUCGUGGGGGCGGCGAGUAUGGUGAAAAAUGGCACAAUGGUGGCCGUUUACUUAAUAAACAAAAUGGAUUUGAUGAUUUCCAAGCGGCCGCCAAGUAUUUGGUUGAACACAAAUACACGGAACACAAGAAAAUAGCCAUUCAAGGUGGUUCAAAUGGUGGUUUGCUAGUUGGAGCUUGUAUUAAUCAACGACCAGAGCUAUUUGGUGCGGCUGUAGCUCAAGUGGGCGUUUUGGAUAUGCUUCGUUUUCAUAAAUUCACCAUUGGCCAUGCAUGGAUUUCGGACUAUGGCAAUCCAGAUGAAAAGGUUCAUUUCGAUAAUCUUUAUAAAUUUUCACCAGUACACAAUGUACAUUCACCGAAUAGCACCGACAACCAAUACCCGUCAACAUUGAUUUUGACUGCCGAUCAUGAUGAUCGCGUCAGUCCAUUGCAUUCACUAAAAUUUGCUGCUGCUUUACAUCAUGCUGUUAAAGACAAUGAAUUCCAAAAGAAUCCAAUUUUAUUGCGAGUCUAUAGCAAGGCUGGACAUGGGGCUGGCAAACCAACAGCCAAGAAGAUCGAAGAAUCAACCGAUAUCCUGACAUUUUUAUACCAAGCACUAGAAAUCGAUGCUGACGUUUAAUUCCAUGACAUGUAUUUUUAUAUGAAUUUUUAUCUAAAUGCAAAAAAGCAAAAACAAAAAAUAUAAUUCUAGUAUUCAGAUCAAUAUUUAGCAGCAACAUUUUUAUUCCGCAGUCAUUUGCUACAAAAUAGUCAACAUGGAGCAGAAAAUCGGAAUGAAUUGUAUUUUCUUGAAUAUUAAAAAAAAAUGAAAUUCAAAUUUCGAUGAUAGGAUUUUGGUAUUUUUUAGUUACGUUCAUAGAACCACUCUUAACUGGAAUAUGUAAACAAAUAAAUAAAACGAUAGACUCGUAAAUUGUUCAAUAAACUGUAUUUUUGAAUGUA